GCAUUUUUCUUAAUAUAUAUAUUUUUCACUGUGACCUGCUGCUGAUUGAGUGAGUGACUGAACUUUUAGGUCAGGGCCUCGAAGUUUUAGUUAGACCUGGCAACCCUUAGCCGAAGGUAGAAUGAUGAAAACCAUCAAGUUCCUGCUUUCCUGUUCUCCAGAAGCAGUUGUCUGACGCCAACAAAGAUGCAGAUCUUUGUGAAAACGUUGACGGGUAAAACCAUCACUCUUGAGGUGGAACCCAGUGACACCAUCGAGAAUGUGAAGGCCAAGAUUCAAGACAAAGAAGGUAUUCCUCCUGACCAACAGCGACUCAUCUUCGCUGGCAAACAGUUGGAGGAUGGCCGCACAUUGUCAGAUUACAACAUUCAGAAAGAGUCCACUCUACAUCUCGUGCUGCGUCUGAGAGGAGGUAUCAUCGAGCCUUCCCUGAGACAGCUGGCACAGAAAUACAACUGUGACAAAAUGAUCUGCCGCAAAUGCUAUGCACGUCUUCACCCCCGUGCAGUCAACUGCCGCAAAAAGAAGUGUGGGCAUACCAGCAACCUGCGCCCCAAGAAGAAGCUGAAGUAAACUAGCAUCCUUACAAUCUUUUGUCAAGGUUUUCAAUAAAAGAAAAAGGAAAAAGGAAAGGCUCA